CCAUUUCUCCGCCGCUGUGCCCGCGUUUGGUCAAAGGCUGGCAAAAAGUCGAUAACCCGGAGCCGAGUCUCGUCCCAAUCCCUAUCUAUCUUCCACCAUGUCGUGAGGUAUACCUGAGUGCCUUGCCAUGACAGUAUGAGACCAUGUUCCAUCCCGACACGGUCAUGGCGACGCUGCUUCCACGACUAUUUUGUCACACACCUGCCGCAAUCGUCGUUGCAUCCGGACUCCAACCACAAGCUUCCUCGCGAAGUCGCCUCCCCUCAGGACAAGCCGACCGGUAGACAGCCCGCCAUCCUCUCAGCCGCAAGACGCGACACCACCGUCGUGCGAAUUCCUCUCAAAUCUGCGAAACACCAUUAUGGAGCGACCUGUCUGCGAGGAGGCCGUCCGCGCAACGAGGACACCCAUCAAGCCGGCACCAUCGAGCUGCCAGCCUUUGCCAAACGACAGCCUGUGAGCUUGACCCGCGCGAAUAAGCUAUUACAAGAACAAGGUGCUGCUAGCGAGAGCGGCGACCCUCAAGUCUUCUACUUUGGAGUUUUCGACGGCCAUGGCGGUGCUCAAUGCGCUGAGUUCCUACGGGACCGACUGCAUACCUACCUGGAAGACUCGGCCAACAAGUUCAAGAUGCAGAGUAGUCUGCAAGAGCCGAAAGAGAGCGACGACGGACACAAGCAGGUUCUUGAUCUGCAGCGCAAUCUGGUCAAUACAUGGAAAGACUUCGUAGGCGGCUACUUUAGACGAUUCCGUCCACAAUACUUUGGCAUUUUCAAGCCGUCGGCGAGCACAGAUGAGCAAGGCACUGCUGUUAAUUCCAUUCAGGCCACAUUGAUGUACUCGUUCCUACACGCCGAUCUGGACUUUACCGCUGCCCAGGCUUCAAAACACACGCCCUCUUUGCAAGCCUCUACCGAUGACCCAGUCAUGAGCGAUAGACCGCUCAAUGAUAACGACAUUCUCUCCUCUCCCUCAAGGCCUGCCUCUCAGAACCUAUCGAAUGUUCUGAACCGUCCUAUUGGAGGUCACACACGUUUCCAAGGCGGCUCCACUUGCUCAAUAGCUCUCAUCUCUACACCAACACCUACACCCUUCUGGAACCCCGCAUCUCCGGCCACAAUAGUAACAGCCCACUGCGGCGACACGCGCAUCCUCCUCUGCCGUGUUAGCGAUGGUAAAGCAGUACCGUUGACCACAAAUCACCAUCCCUCCGCCCCGGUCGAAGCAGCACGUCUCCGUCGUUUCGCCGCAACUUUUGUGACCGACAGCUUCGGCGAAGAGCGCAUCUUGGGUCUAGCCAACACCAGGUCUUUUGGUGAUAUCAGCUCUAAACGCAUAGGUGUCUCAGCGGAACCCGAGAUCAGGACUACACAUAUGGAUCCCAGCGAGUACAGCUUCUUGGUUCUUGUCUCCGACGGCGUAACAGUAUCUCUGGAAGACCAAGAAAUUGUAGAUAUUGUCAAGGAAGCCAAAACACCCGAAUCAGCAUCAAAGGAACUGGCAGCCUUUGCCACUGAAGUCGCAGGUGUCAGAUCCGAUAAUGCCACAGCGGUAGUAGUACGUCUUGGUGGCUGGGAACGCAGAGUCGAAGGCGGUGGUGGUAGUAUCGGUACCAAGGAAGUCAGAGAUUGGAAGAAGGUUCAAGCUGAAGAUCCCAGAGCGAGCAGGCAGUAGACAUAGCCUGCUCUGGAUCUCUGUCCUUAUCUUCCCUACCAUCCUAUAUACUACUUCUCGUUGGGUUUGGAGUCCGGUCUUUGCAUUUCAGCAACUCUGUUUUUGGAACCGGCGGCAUUUGUUAUCUCUCUUGUUGGUUACCCUAUGGUAUUAAGCACUUGCUGGCGUUUCUGGCAGUGACUUUCUUUUCGUGUCCGUUCUUGCUUACCAUCAGUUUCCACAUAAGAUAUAUCGAGAUGAGUGUUAUACCUUCUACUAUGCUGGGAAGCUAUGCCUGACCUUUCCAAGGCUCUACCGCUUCUUAUCACCUCGGAUCGUUCCUGCUUCGAGUGUUUGGACGUACCUUCCUUUUAUGCUUGGUCGCACCUUCUUCUUCUGCUCGAAUGUGCCUUCCUCGUCGUUGGUCGUUUCUUCUCCAUCCUUGAUUGCUCCUUUCAUCUUCUAGCUUGAUCAUUCCCGACUCUUUUGAUCCAAUC